CGUCUGUCUUACAGCUGCAGCUGUUCAUGCACUUCACUUUAGUUAUGAAGAUGAAGGUGCUACUGUGUCCUGCUGCCCUUGUCUUCCUAAUGGCUGCUUUCAGUCUAGAGGUGUGUCACGGUGCCAAGGUGCUGAUCAUGCCUACCAUAGUCUUUGACAGCCACUUGCGAGUCUUCAUGCGGGUGGCAGAGGCAUUGACUGACCGGGGCCAUGACCCUGUGCUGCUGCUUCAUGAAGGCCGGGAUGUAGACGCCGACCUGCUGGGCUUCCGCAUACAGAGGUAUCAGGGCAUCUUCAGCAUGGAGAGUGCGGAUGCCUGGGUGCAGGAAAAGAUAAAGCGUGUCUUCCAAGGGAAGAUGACCUCUCUGGAGGUGUUCUCCUUUCUGGAGAAGUACCUGGAAAACUGUGACCUGGUUCUGGGAAACUCCACCCUUCUGCAGAAACUCCGUAAUGAACAUUUUGACCUGCUGUUGGUGGACCCCAAUGAGAUGUGUGGCUUUAUCCUGGCCCACCUCCUCCAUGUCAAAUAUGCRGUGAUCUCCACUGGCUUCUGGUUCCCGGCAGAGAUUGGUGCUGCUUCCCCCAUUGCCUAUGUCCCUGAGUUCAACUCCUUGAUGACAGACAAGAUGGGCUUCUUUGGCAGGACUUGGAAUCUCCUGGUCUAUACGAUCACUCGUGUGGCCACAAAGCUGGUCAUCCUGCCCAAAUUUGAACGCCUCAUGGAGAAGCACAAGGUGGAGCCCAAGAUAUCCAUGUUGGACCUUGUCCAUGGAACCAGCCUCUUCUUCCUCUGCAAUGAUGUGGUGCUGGACUUCCCCCGACCAACGCUUCCCCAYGUCAUUUUCACAGGAGGGAUCCUUGCUGAACCUGCAAAGCCCCUUCCAGUGGGUCUGCGUCUCUGGGUGGAGGCCGCAGAUGCAGGUGUCRUUGUGGUCUCCUUUGGCAUUGGGAUCCGAGCUCUCCCGAGCGAUUUGGUGGAGAAGAUGGCCGGCGCGUUCGCUCGCCUCCCGCAGAGGGUCGUGUGGAGAUACUUUGGAGAGAAGCCUAACAACCUGGGUGAGAAUACACUGAUGAUGGAGUGGCUGCCCCAGAACAACCUGCUAGGCCACCCCAAUGUAAAAGCCUUUGUCAGCCACUGUGGGAUGAACGGCAUUUUCGAGGCGAUUUACCACGGUGUUCCAGUGGUGGGAUUUCCUUUCUAUGGGGACCAGUUUGACAUCAUGACCAGGGUGCAGGCGAAGGGCAUGGGUAUCCUCAUGGACUGGAGCAGAGUAAGAGAAGAGGAACUUUAUCAGGCGAUAGUCACCGUUAUCUCUGACCCCAGCUACAGAAAAGCAGCCAAGCACAUUUCAGCUCUGCACCUUGACACACCAAUGCACGCUCUUAAUAGGACGGUGUACUGGCUGGAGUACCUCCUUCGUCAUGAUGGGGCACCAUAUCUUCGCCCUGCUGUCUAUGACCUGUCCUUUCAUGAGUACUUCUGCCUGGACAUCUUGGCUCUCUUCUUAUUGUGUCUGGCUGUUGUUGGCUUCAUCCUCUACAAAGCUGUGGCAUGGUACAGAAGGAAGAAGGCCAGCCCUGUGUAUCAGAAUGGCAAUUGCAUGAAAGGGCACCUCACAGAACAGAAGAAAUUGCAAUAGUGGCUCGGCAUGUUCUAGGGCAUGUUUCUUUGCUGUGAAAUGAACUUGUGCAGUGCCCAGAAAUGUAUGGCAUGCAGUGAUGAGCAGGUCUGGAUGCUGCCCUCCUGGCUGAGGGGAGAGUGGGGAGGAAGGAGCAUUGCGAAGGCCUGUGUGCACACCUCUGUGUACAGCACCUGUGGGCGGGGACGCGGAUUCAGGCAUGGGUGGAAAUACUUGGCCAAGACUCUGGGAAUGGGGCACGGGUAGGUAGACUUCAGGGAGGAGUACAAUUUGUUCCCUUUAUAUUGCACAUUGGUUUGGAUGCUGGUGUUAUUCUUCUGGCUUUUUGGAUCUUCGUGGAGGCGCUGGAGGUGGGAAUGGUAUCUUGUGAUUGGUAGGUACUGUUUCUUCUCUGCCUCAUUACUACAUUGCCCCAAGAGCUGGGAUUCCUUUACAUGCUGGUGAGGACCUGAGGUAUAGCAGUGGCUGGGGAAGGGCAACGAAAGUAUCAUAAGAAAGAGAAUGAAAUUGGUCUGUUUUAAGUUUUAUGGAUGAUUAUUCUUCCUGCUUCCAUCAACCCUCUGCAAACUUGUUUGUGUUUGAGCUAAAUUAUUAUUAUUUUUUUAAUAAAGUUA